AUGAAUGCUCCUGAGGACCCAUUGGGAGAGUUCGAUAUCUCGCUAAUAGAGUCUUAUUGUCCUAUACUUCCUCCUCCAGCUGACUUCAAGGACUCUUCCUUGUUCGUUCUUCCAGAAUUGGAUCUAAACUAUGAUCUCGAUUCUUUGCUUGCGCCUACAUGGACAAACUGCGAAACUAUCGCGCCGUCCGCAUUAUCUUCACCCUCCCAUUCACGUUGUCAUUCCAAACAAUUAUCUUUAGCUUCCCCAUUAUUAGAAAGCAAAAUAUUACCUGGAAUACCACCUUUGAUUGAACAGGAUGAUUCUCCAUUGUCCUCACCGCCCACAUCAAAUUGUCCCUCCACCAUAAAAAAAUCCGCCUCGAGGAGAAAAUCUAGAUCAAGGAAUAACAGUAUUGGCUGCGACAUUUUCUCAUACAAUUACUGUACCACUAAUAACACCAAGUUUAAAGUAAGCAAAAGUGCAAAUACUUCCCCUAUUUUAAAGCCCCCACUUAAGCCAUCUGUUACUAUUGCAUCCAUUGAUACCCUUGGUCGUUUUCAAAAAUCCACAUCUUCAAAUUUCCUAAGUGGCUCAAAAUCUUCCCCUCCCGCCCCAAUUGCGCCACCACCACCACUUCCACCACCAACUACCAAGAAGAGAUCUAAGUCAGUGGGUAACCCAUUCUAUAAACCAAUAAUGCAUGUUGUUUCUCCAAGUCAGCAACAGCAAAGACAGAAGAGAACGGAAUCGUUUGAUAGCACUCUGCUAGUGCUUGACAAUAACAGUUUUAUUGAAACUACAACUAUAGAUCAAAAACUUAACGAAGAAGUCUUUGUGGUGGAAUCUUUAUUUGGCAACUACAACAGAUUCGCAAACGACGUUUCAGACAACAAGGAGAAUUAUUUUGAUCCUUUAUCAGAAUCGUUCUCAGUAUAA